UGAUGUGUUGUGCCCUGUUUCCUCAGGCAGGGAAGCCCCCCAUCCAGGACCUCUUCACCGACCUGUGUGAUGGCCGUCGCCUGCUGGAGCUGCUGGAGGGACUGGCAGGUCACGAGCUGGUGAAGGAGAGAGGAUUCACGCGCGUCCACUCACUAAACAAUGUCAAUAGAGCGUUGCAGAUCCUACAGAAGAACAAUGUUGAACUGGUGAAUAUUGGAGGAGCCGACAUUGUUGAUGGGAAUCAUAAAUUGAUUCUUGGACUCAUUUGGAGCAUAAUUCUCCACUGGCAGGUAAAGGAUGUGAUGAAGGAUGUGAUGGCAGGCCUACAGCAGACCAACAGUGAGAAGAUUCUGCUUAGCUGGGUGCGCCAGUCCACCAAGGACUAUCCCCACGUCAAUGUGGUCAACUUCUCCUCCAGCUGGUCCGACGGCCUGGCCUUCAACGCACUCAUCCACAGCCACAGGCCCGAGCUGUUUGAUUGGAGCAUUGUGGAGAAGCAGAAGAGUGCCAUGGAGAGAUUGGAUCACGCCUUCAGCAAGGCUGAGCAAACCCUGGGCAUAGACAGACUGCUGGACGCUGAGGAUGUGGCGGUGCUGCACCCUGAUAAGAAGUCAGUCAUCAUGUACAUAACAUCUCUGUUCCAAGUGCUGCCUCAGGGCGUAACCAUGGAGGCCAUCCAGGAAGUAGAGACUCUGCCUCGGACCGUCGUCAAGCAGGAGGAACACUUCAGCAUCCAGACCCAACAACGCUACUCCCAACAGAUCACAGUGAGUGUGUCUCAGGGGCGGGUUCGUACCCCCUCCACCUCUCCUAAACCUCACUAUAAAAGCUAUGCCUACAGUCAAGCUGCAUAUGUCAAGUCACCUGAACAAAAGAGGAGACGCUUUACUGAGCAG